AAAAAUGUAACUCGAGUUCGAGUGCUAGAUUAGCACCUACAUUGAUCAACAUACCAGAGGUUUCCACAAAAAAAUUCCACUUCUUCCCGCGCAAAAACCUAAGAAGUUUUCUUCCCCAUUUUAAACCCGCAAUAUCUCUCCCUACAUGGAUGACUAAUUGAGGCAGAUAGUUGGAGAAAAGAGGAAGAUGAUGAUGGGCAAGGUGUUCAAGGGAGCUAACGUGUUCAUGUCGCGCAACUUGGUUCCACCGGAGCAGUUCGACACUCUUCACGACGCGCUCAAGCUCAACGGAGCUCAGGUCUUCCUCUGCUGCGACCCAUCCCACAACGGUCCCAACGACUACCACGUCAUCUCCUCUAUGGAUCAUGAGAAAUUCGAUGAACUCCUGUCAAAAGGCUGCAAUUUGAUCGGUCCUAGGUGUGUACUUUUUUGUGCGAAUGAACACAGACCACUCCCUAAUCAAGGUUUUACAUGCUGCCUUGCAAUGGACGGAGUCAAAAUACUAGCAUCUGGUUUUAAGGAGGACGAAAAGUUUGAAAUAAAAAAGCUAGUGAAAGCAAUGGGAGGAGUUUUUCAAGAAAAAGUAUCAAUGGACAUAAAUUUCGUCAUAGUGAAAAACGUUUUGGCUGCAAAGUACAAGUGGGCACUAAAUGUAGGGAAGAAACCAAUUGUUAGUAUUACUUGGCUACUCCAGUGCUGGAAGGAGCAUCACUUUGUUGCUCCAGAGUCAUUCAGGGUCCAACCUUUUUCUGGGCUCACCAUCUGUAUUACCAGAAUAAGUACAGAUGAGAAGACGGAGGUGGAAAAUAUAGUCCUACAAAAUGGAGGCAAAUAUUCUCGUGAUCUGACAAAAAGUUGCACACAUUUAAUUUGCGGGGCUCCUAAAGGAGAUAAAUAUGAAGUUGCCACAAAUUGGGGUACAAUAUACAUAGUUAGCAAGAGGUGGCUUGACCAAUCUGUUGCUAAAAGAGCACGCCUUAAUGAGGAGUCAUAUCCUAUUCAGGGUACCUCUGCAGCAACUGUGAUUGCUGCAAGAAUGAAAAAUCAACACAGCAUAGAGAGUGGCAUUCAAAGUGUGCAAACUUUGUCUUCCACUGCAACAAUAUCAAAUUCUCAAGCUCUUUCAUAUGGUUACACUGUAGAUUCAGAUAAGGGACCCCCCUUCUCUCAGAACACACCUUCAUUAUUAGAGGAACCUUUCUUUUCCAAGAGGGAAUCAAAUGAUCUACCCACUGAGCAGCAAAAAACUGAUACAAAUUUUGAUGAAUGUGUUGUUUCUGACUCCAAAACAGAUGAUAACGAUUUAUACUUGUCAGACUGCAGACUUCUGAUUCUUGGUUUUAGUGAAUCCGAUAUGCGAAAACUUGUGAACAUGGUUCGUAAAGGUGGUGGUUCCCGUUAUAUGUCUUUCAGUGAGAAGUUGACACACAUAAUAGUCGGAUCUCCAUCUGAGAUUGAAAUAAAAGAGAUAAGAAACCUUGCAGCUUUGGGUGUAAUCCAUGUGGUAAAACCAGAUUGGCUUGCAGACUGCGUAAGUGAAAAGAAAGAAGUCUGUGUGCUUCAAAAGCACAUUGCCAGUGAUUUGCUUCUACUCAGAGAACUUGUCAGCUCCAAUAAAGGAGCUUCUGUGAUCAAUGCAUUUUCCAACCAAGGAAACUCAAGUGAUAGUGUUCAGUGCUACAAGAAUAUUGGAUCUGGAAAUUCACUGGAGAAGAGCAAAGAAGUAGAUGGCAUAAAAAAGAGAGGAGCUUCUCAGAUUGAAAGUCAAUCCCAGUUCUCUACUUCGAAUGGUAAAAAUGAGAUUAAUAUGCAAGCAAGCUCCAGCGGAGCCAUUGAGGAGGAUAUAAAGUCAUCUGCUGUAUUUAAGGGAAAGCGGUUUUGCUUCUCUGCUAGCUUCCCUGAUAAGCAGAGAGCUGACAUUGUACAGUGGGUGAACCAAGGUGGAGGAGAGUUAGUGGAUAGUCAGAUUAAAGGAUACGUGCAUUUUGUUAUUGAAUGCCAUGGUGUGAUACCCUCCCAGACAGAUGCUGCUAUAGGGUCGUAUGUGACAAGUCACUGGAUUAAGUCUUGUUUGGAGGAUGGACGCUUGUUGGACAUUGGCAGUCACAUUUGCUAUUCUCCACUUCCUUGUGAAGUACCUUUCCCUGAAUUUAAGAGCUUCCGUUUCUGUGUUUCACAAUACGAUGAAAAAGAAAAGCAGCUGCUAAGAAAUUUAUUCUUUAUCCUUGGAGCUAAGUUUGCUGAUAAAAUGAGAAGAAAUGUCACAUAUUUGUUGUGCAAAUUCAGAAGUGGCCCAAAAUAUGAGCUUGCUUGUAAUAAUGGCAUCCCAACAGUAACUUGUGAGUGGAUUUAUGAGUGUAUUAAACAGAAAAAAGUUGUUGAUCCAGGUCCAUUUUGUCCUAAAGAAGUAACUUCUGAAGAUCGAGAAGCUGGAGUAUGCACAUCAAGCCAGUUUCCUACACAAGCUGUACAGAGGAUAUCUGAGGAUAAUGUUUCUCAGCUUCAGGGCGAGUCCAAAGAAGUUGAGAGUGUUAACGGUGAAGCUGUUACAGCCAGAAAUAUUGGAAGGACAGAAACUAUUUGCUUACCCAGUAAAUGCAAGAAGACAAGGGUCAGAGCAGAUGAGAAAACAAAAUGUUCUUUGGUAUCGGUAUCCAAUCAAAGUGACACCAUAUCCGAGACAAAUCCUCCAGAAAACAAGAAGCUUGAAAGCACCAAUGGUUUUACUAUAAUGACUGAUGUUGCUAACCUGAUUGAGGAUUGUUUGGUGCACACGAGCAUGAAUUAUAACCAGAAGUCUCCAUCAAGAAGUGAGUGUGAAUCAAAUCUCUUUGCAUCUGAUUGUACCAUUCUUGAUCAAGAUCAUGGAGUUCAACAACCUGAUCUUAGAUUGUCUCAGCAUUGGACAAACAGGCUUGGGAGAAAGGAAGACUCUCAGUCCCUUACUGAAGAUGUGCCUGCUGUCAUUAUUGAUGGAUUUAGCGAUCCCCAGACACUGUCACAGGUCGUUGGUUAUGCCCAAGAUUUGUCCGGUAUGCAAAUGAUUAUAGACAGGGUACGAACAAGCAAUCCUAGCAGCAUGAAUUGAAUUUCAAGGCUUAUGUAGAUUCUUCAGGACUGUGGUGUAGACAACUGAUGGAUGUUGCUAUGUGCAUAAUGUACCAAAUAGGGUUCAUUUUGUGGCGCUGUCUGAAACCAUGUCAGAUGACAGAAACACACACAUAUGUAUAACGUUUAAAUUAUAUUACAAUCCAAAGCUCAUUAUGUAGAGAAGCAUCUCGAUAAACUUCAAUAUUUUUGAUCCAGUGAGUGUGGUAUUACUGGGUAGUUUGGUAUUCCUGAAUCAGUAGCACCUGAAAUAGUAAGUGGCAUUGAUGUAACUUGACAUAAGGAAGCCCUCAGUUCGCCAUACAAACAGAAGGAAGCCUGCAAUCUGCCAUACCAACCGGCCGUAGAGAAAACAAGAGCAAGGCAAGUGACUUUACAUUCUUCAGCUUUCCAAGCAACAUCAUCAGGUUCCUAAUGCAUGUUCUUCAUUCAUGGCCAAGGCUUGAAACAAGGUUACCAACUUUUAUUUUAUGUUUGAAAUUGAAGUUUCAGAAGUCGGAACAAAGUUACAAAACCAGUCUUGCUUAAACCUAAUUGUUUUGCAAAAACUUUAACCGAUGUUCUUGGUAAAAUUGGAUUCACAGGGGUCUUCUUGGCAAUCCAUAUAUUAACAUGUCACGACAGAUUUGUGAAUUAAGUAAUUAACUGUUUUGGUUUGGCCUGAUCUGCAUGUGGAAUUAUUAAGUUAUACAAAAGAAAAUACAAAAUGUAAUUGUUCAUAUAAUCACAUGUGAAUAAACUACAGUAUUUUAAAUGAGAAAAAGUUUUACCGUAGAUGUCUUAUGAUGGUUAAUUCAAAAGUCUAUUUAUGAAAUAGUACCUUCAGCCGUUAAGAUUGUCUCAUUUUACCAUUUCGGUCUAUCCCAUUAAGGCACUAAGAUUGUCUCAUACCUUGUUUGUAAAGUUUGUGUGAUUCUAAAUCAUUCUUACUUUAUUCUUACUUUAUCAAUUCAAUAUCAAUCAUAUAAACAACUUUUUAUAGAUUUGCGUAUCAUUUCCUCUUGUUCCAUUGUUAGUGGGACGGAGGGAGUAUCAUAAUUAAAGGACACGAAAUAGAAGUGCGGUCAUCAUGCUUUGGAUAAAACUUGAAGUUAGUCCUAUAGUCCAUAGCCCAUAGUCCUAAUCCAAACUAUGAAGUAGCAUUCUCACAAUAUCAUAUUCUCACCUUCAAACUUCCAACUAAGAUUGACUUUGCCAUUUAAGAUCACACUUUUUUUCCGCCUAUUAAGAUCACAAGUUUUGUUAUAAGAUAUAACUCAUAUGAGUCCUACUUAUAUUAUAUUUAGGGGUGGACCGGUUCCGGUUCGGGCCCGGUUCGGGCCUGGGCCCGGCCGGGCCUCGGUUCAGAAAAAGGAGGCCCGAGCCCGAACCGGUGGUGGGCGGUUCCGGUUCCGGUUCCGGGCCAGAACCGGGCCGGGCCGGGCCGGGCCACCCGGAAUGUUUUUUUUUUCUUCUUCUUCUCUUAUUUAACCCCCUACCCCUCCCCCUCCACCCCAAACCACCCCAAACCACCUCAAAUGGCCCAAAAUACCUAAUCCAACCCAAAACUUAAAAAAAUUUCAAAAAAAAAAAAAAAAAAUUAAAUUCCGGCCCGAACCGGGCCCGGCCCGGCCGGGCCGGUUCACUAAACUGGAGGCCCGGGCCCGGACUGGUAUACCACCGGGCCGGGAGGCCCGAACCGGAACCGAACCGGUUCACCGGGCCGGUCCGGGCCCGCACAGUAGCGGGCCGGUCCGGUUCCGGGCCGGUUGGCCCGGCCCGAGUCCAUCCCUAAUUAUAUUAAGUAGUAAUAUUUACAUACUACAGUAUUAAUAGUACUACAAAAAAACAUUAAAGCCUUAUUUCAAAAGAUUUUGAGAUCGGCUAACAUGGAUUGAUCCACGACUCAAAUUCAAAAAGUGAGGAAAGCUAAGAAAAAUAAAAAAUAAAAAAAUAAGAUAUGGAUAUGAUCAUAUGAUAAAGGUAAAUAUAAGACAAAAAUCACAUAAGAAAAAUAAAAGAAAAUAAGAACACAGAAAGAUAAAGAAGAUAAAAAGAUAAAUGAAAGAGAGAAAAGUGAUAAGUAAAAAUCAAAUUUAUCACUUCCUCCAAAACCAUACUCUCACCUAACCUAAAAAGAAUCAUAUCACUUCCUCAUACUAUACUAGGAUCAUAUCACAUCCUAUCACAUCCUCAUACUAUAGUAUUAAUAGUAAGCGAACAAAACGAUAGGAAAAUUUACACAUUUUAUUAUAUUUAUAGGUUUCUGUCAUAAAUUGCAUUCAACUGAGUAUUUGAUAAAAUGUGAAGAAUACGUGAAAGGUGUGAAGUAAAAAAAAGUGAAAUGGUGGUUUUGGUUAUGUAGAAGUGUAGGGUAAUAGGUUGACUUUUCAAAUUUAUUUUCUAAGAAUUUUUCUAAUUCACUUUUUCUUUGAUUCCCUAGUGUCAACUCUCGUGUAUGGUUCACGACUCUCAACUAGGGAUGGACUCGGGCCGGGCGGCCCGGUUACUGUUUGAAC